AUGACCUUUACAGGUGGGAAAGAUAGCAGCAAACGGAAGAGAAGCAGCGAACAAUCGGAAAAGAAGGCAAAAACUGAAAGCCGGAGUUACGAGAAAGAAGUUCGUGAAAAAUUGAAAGCGAAAUUGGUCGAAAAUGAUGUAGAAUCAUCAAAGUCCAUUCGAUCAACAUUAGCAUCGAAAUCAACAAAAUCCGAUAAGUCCAAGACAAACCAAAAAUCGGAAGAAAGUACGAAAAGUAAGACUGCACGUCCUCGUAAACAUCAUAAUUCUGGAAGGAAUGAUUCACGAAGAUUCAAAAAGCUUCGUAAUGCUAUGCAUAAGAAAAUCUACAACAACAAAAUUGAACCAGAUGACGAUUGAAUGAAACAUUGGAAUGGCAUGAAUUAAAUGAAGCCAAUGGAAUGAAUUGC